GGCGAUUAAACUGUAACUUCGUGACGAAAAAAAAAUGUGGUAAAUGCCAAAAUGCACGCGUUUUGUUUAAAAUAAGGAAACAGCUCGCCGUUAUAAUUCGGCUUUGUAUUGACCUAUGAUAACUUUUCUCGGAGAUAUUGUAUAAUAAACAGUAGAGAUUAAUUCAUUAGCUUUUAAAUUACAUUGAGUAAAGUUCAGUUUUAACAUUUUUUAAAAGGCAAUCGGUGCCAUUUGUGCCAUUGGUGGAUUUCGCGUAAUUUGUGCCGGGAGCACGGGACCAAAAUUUCGUCCACUUUUUGCCAUGGUCAACCUCGAUCGUGGCCGUUUUAAAUAUUUAAAUUUCGCGCUUGCAACUUCUUGACGUAGAAAUAUCUAGACGAUUAGUUAUUGAUAACCUAAUGAGAACGUCUGUUGAUUUCACAUACAAUCCACGAGGUUCUCUGUAUAUGCAGUGUUACUUGCUGAAAACUAUGGCGGUUUUUAUUAGUUGUGUUUUCUGCCUGCUGUUUGUGAUGAUUCAGGCAAUCAUCAUCUCCAUAUGUACACCUCUCACUCCAACACCGUCUAGUCUGGAAAGUGUUACGUCACCUUGCAGUUCCAGAUCCAGUAGAAAAGACUUAAUUCUGUUGUCGCAGGGAUUAACCGGCAUACCAAAAGGAAGUGAAGAGAUAGAAACCCUCGACGUAUCUUACAACCACAUUCAACACCUACCUGGCUAUAUAUUUUGGAACAACAGCUACAUAAACGUCAAAAAGCUAUCUCUGCAACAAAAUCGAAUAUCAAACGUCAGCGUAGACGCCUUUCAGGGCGUUCGGACAGUACACGAGAUCGACCUCUCUGAUAACAUGAUAACAUCAAUCGAUCCUUACACGUUCAAUUCAAACACCCACCUACAAAAAAUGGUAAUAAUGAACAAUCGACUACGAUUCGAUCGUCUCCAAACGUUCAUCCUGUCCACCUCCAUACAGUAUUUAGUGCUAUCAAACAAUCAGAUCGAUCAAAUUUACGAAGUGACCUUCUUAGGGGUGCCUAACCUGAGGAGUUUAGUGCUGAACGAUAACGAAGUGCAUCAGAUCGCCACGAACAGUUUUAGGGCGUUAAAUAAAUUACAUUAUUUAUCUUUGGCAAAUACAGGUGUUUAUCGUCUCGCCGAGUCUAUGUUUAAACAUAUUCCGGGCAUUGUAAACUUAGAAGGGACGCCCUUAAGUUUACGAUUCGAGCCGCCCCUUAAAAAGGUAACGGGACAGUCCGUAACGCAACUGGUCGAGCUUUUAAACGCGAUGCCGGAAUCUGGCGAGGAUUUAAGCAAAUUGUGAGUGGUUCUCUCGAGUUUAAUUUGGAUUUUCGCCGAGAAUGUGAGAAUUGACGACUGAAAAUUCGAAGAGGAAACUAUUGUGUAAGAUUAGGGCCGUAAAAGGAGGCCCCGACCGAAGUGUUUGUGAAGUUGAAGUGCACCGACUGAUUAGAGUAUAGCGUCCAAAAUAAUCAAUCAACCAAAUGCAUCUAUUGACUCGUUGAUUUUUCCACUGUAAGCCAUGGUUAUCCAUUUAACGAGAUCUUAAUUUGGUAAUCGAAGUACGUGCAAUUUAUUAAGUUGUUGCUCUACUGACCUUUCGAUCUGUUCCAUCGAUAAGAGCGACAACCCCAGCAUGGAACGGUGAUUGCAUGCAAUUUGGGGCGAUAAUUGUGAUAAAUAUUCGGCACUAUCUUUAACGUGAUUUACAUUUCAUUACAACUAGUUUAUUUGAAUGAUAUUUGCGCCAAAAGAUUAUAACUUAUGACUCUCCACUACCCUUUUUCCGCGGCCAAUGUAGGAAGAUCUUGCAGUGGAAAACUUUGUCUCCCUCCAUCGAAAUCAAAUUUUUUCUUGUAUCAAGAAGUCCGCUAUAAAUGAAACUUUGUCAAUAUUUCAAUUAUUGGAAAUAUUAACAAAUUCGAGUGAAUAGAUGAUGAUUAUGUCAGUAUUUUCGAAACUUUUUUCAUCAAAAAUUGAAUAUCAAAAAAUAUCGAAGUGUUGAUUGUUUAUUGCCAAAGAUAAGACACGUGUUUUGUUUAUUUGUGGCGUCCAUCUAAGUUUAGAAGUCAAGAUUAUUGUUGAUAGCAGUUUCGACACGUGUAAAUAAUAGUAAAUAUUAUUUAAAGAAAAACCCAGAGGGUUUUUGUUGUAGAUUUCAUAUUUUCAAGCUUGCUGCUUUCUAAUGCUAUUUAUGUGCAAAGUACAGCAUUAAGGAUAUUUUGCAUGCAAGCAGUUCAUGUGUCACAUCCUUUAAAUGUAGCCAGGUGAAUAUUAAGCCAAGUUUGCAUGUUAUUAAUGCGUCUUUCCUGUAUAGAUUUUUUAUCAAUAUGCAAACUGCGUUCUAGUCGUUGCAUAACACCUAAGAGAUUUUUUUUUCAUUUAAUGUAUGCACGUAAUUGUUUAUUCGCAUAUGCAGUUACUUAAGUUAAUUAAUAUUCUUGGUGGUUAUUACUACUGAAAAAGCCGACGAUCAUUGUUCAUUCGUGCGCUUCCCUGUAAAUAUUUGACUUUUUCAUCUUUCGUGCAUAAUUAAUUUUAGGAAUGUUUGUACCUGACCUUAAUUUUAAGUGAAAUUUUGUAAAUAGUUAUUUAUAGACUGUAUCAAAUAGUAGAUGUAGAAACAAAC